GGCGGGACCGGCAGGGUCGACAUGGGGAAGCAGAAGAAGGCGCGGAAGUACGCGGUCAUGAAGCGCAUGAUCAGCCUCCGGGACGAGCGCCUUAAAGAGAAGGAUCGCGCAAAAGCCCCUGUGAAGAAGAAGGAGGACCCGAGUGCCAUCAAAGAGCGGGAGGUGCCCCAGCAUCCUUCUUGCUUGUUCUUCCAAUAUAAUACACAGCUGGGCCCCCCUUACCACAUCCUGGUUGACACUAACUUCAUCAACUUCUCCAUCAAGGCCAAACUGGACCUAGUGCAGUCGAUGAUGGACUGUCUCUAUGCCAAGUGUAUUCCAUGUAUCACAGAUUGUGUAAUGGGUGAAAUUGAGAAGUUAGGACAGAAGUACCGUGUGGCAUUAAGAAUUGCCAAGGACCCUCGGUUUGAACGCUUGCCAUGUAUGCACAAAGGAACCUACGCCGACGACUGCUUGGUGCAGAGGGUCACUCAGCACAAAUGUUACAUUGUGGCCACAGUGGAUAAAGAGCUCAAGCGGAGAAUACGAAAAAUCCCUGGAGUGCCCAUAAUGUAUAUUUCCAGGCACAGGUACAAUAUUGAGAGGAUGCCAGAUGAUUAUGGAGCGCCUCGAUUCUAACCUGUCCAGCCAAGCCAUCAAUGCCCAGACUGUGAGCCAGGACAAGGGUCCUUCUGAUUCUACCCUCCUCCUUUCUUCUUUUGUUGGAACUCUGCUCAUAGGACUGUGGAUAACACCAAACUGACUUCUUAACCUUGUUUUUCUAAGAAAAAGCUAUUUUGAAGAGUCUGGUUUUAUUCAUCUGUCCUCUGCCUUGGUUUGAUUACCUACAGCUGGGAGAAGCAUAUGGGAAACAGAGGGCAGCACGACCAAGAAUGUGCCUAGCUCUGCAUCAGGACCAUUGGAAAACAUGAUUUCAGCAUUCUGAAUUAAAUAUUGAUGAUGUAACUGACUGAGAAUGAAACCACAAGAGAUUUUAAGUUUCUUACUGCUGCACCUGGAGUAUACCUGGGACAGGUAUUCCUUUGGGAAGCUACCUCACACCUGUUCAGUCAAAUCAGAAUCUGCAUUCUGCAGAAAAGACAUCAGAUCUGCACCAGUUGGUGGUUUACUCUGGACAAGCAGUCUAGAUUUUAAUUCAGAAUUGAUGGGCUUUUAUUCAACUGCACAGUGAAUGAAGUUUAAGUGUCCUCUCA